UCCUUGUUACUUGUUACUACUGUCAUAUUGAUUAGUCUUGAUUACUAAGAGUAGGGAGACAGUACAAAAAGUAUAGACGGAAAAGUUUCGGUCGUAAGUUAAGAAUUAAAGAUAGCCUCAGAAAGUUUACGUUAUUUAUUUGAGCAGGGAUUUAUCCUUCAUGAACUUCGCAAGUACUAAAUAUACAAAUGUGUAUAAAAUUCAACUAAUUAAAAAGGUUGUUCUGGCAAAUGAAGAUUGGAAUUUAGGGGCAUUAAAUUAAUAUGGUAAAUCAUCAGAAAGCGAUAUCACAAGCAAAACAUUUCGCUUCCAUAAAAAAGAAAUUGUUAGUAAAUGAAGCGAUGGUCCACGUAAAAAAUGAAAAUUACCAUAAGGCCAUAUACCUUUACGAUAAAGCAUUAGAUCUUGAGCCAAAUGAUAACAAUGCAUUAAUAGCACGAAGUAAAUGUCAUCUUUUAUUAGGAGAGCCCCAGAAAGCACUGCAAGAUGCUGAGAACGCAUUACGAUAUAAAAUGAAAAAUGUCAGCAUGGCUAACGCAAUAUACUGUAAAGCAGAAGCUUUAUACUGCAUUGGUGAUUUUGAAAUGAGUCUUGUAUAUUAUUACCGUGGCAUGAGAAUACGUCCAGAAUACGGACAGUUCCGCCUCGGUGUUCAAAAAGCGAAAAAUGCGAUACAAAAUAUACUACGUAAAAAUUGAAUGUUUCUAUCAUAAAAACGUAAUUAUACAGAAUACUUGAAAUAACACCUUUUUAAAUCGACGAUUUUUAUAAGUUUAGCGAUUAAUCAAUCAUGGUAGAAACUGUUAAAUAUGUUUACUAAUAUAUGCAAUAAAACAUUUA